AUGCUGCAGCCUGAAGGCCCCCGAGCCUUGGAGGAAGGGGCAGCCCUGACGGCCCCACGGAAUGACUGCAUCAUCUGCUACUCUGCCUAUGACCUAUCAGUACACUUGCCUCGCCGCCUCUACUGUGGCCACACCUUCUGCCAGGCAUGUAUGCGGCGCCUGGACACGCCAGCCCACGAGCAGCACUGGAUCCCCUGCCCACAGUGCCGACAAAGUACCCCUAUGCCUCGUGGAGGGGUGACCAUGUUGGACCUGGACUUAGCUGCCUUUUUGGCAGUCAAAGCUGAACGGGAACCAUCAAGAAUAGAACCCAGGUCCUCUGUCCCCCUCAAAGUUGGCACUACCAUCACUCAGCAGCCGGCUGGACUCUACCCUACCUUGGGCCCCCAACCCCACUUUCCUCAGCCUGGAUGCUGCUGCUGGGGCUGGGGAAGACUGUGCUGGUAUCCCCUGGGGAACCCUGAGGUCUAAACUCUGGCUAUCUCCACCUGCACAAAGGAAACUGUGCUAGCCGCUUGCCUGCCGCGGAGCCACUGAUCAUACACAGCACAGACCGAACAGCCUGCGAGCAGGGCCUCCUUCUUAUAGUCCUGCAUGAUCCGACAGAGUGGUGUCACCCUGACCAGGGACAUCUCAAGCCAUAGCCUAAGGUCAGAGUCAGUGGCCAUGGUGCCACAGUAGGCUGGUGACAUUCAAUUUUACUAGUCUAUGGGGGAUUCCCACACCCCAAACCAGCCUGUGACUUCGUUUGGCUAGCCAACAUUCUGCUGCCUAUGUUACCUGUAAACCCAGGACCUAGCGUGGAGAAUGGCUCCUAAGAGUCUGUGGGGAUGAGUGCAGGGGCUUGGACAGGGCCAGGCUAUAGUUGUCCAUGAGUGGCUGGCCUCAGAGCGGGUCUUCCUCUCUGUAAACAUUCACGGGUAUGAGCCAAGAGGGAGGGCAGGUUACCUCUUCUAUCCCUGGAGUCUAUGUGUUUCAUCUCUUCAUCAGUGGUCACCGAGCUCCUACCAUGAGCCAGGAACUGUUCUGAGAGGGUCUGCCACUGCCCAAAGCUGCCUCUUUGGCAGGCAUCAAAGAAGGCUGCCAUAGAGAGCCAGCUCUGACAAGGGGUCUUGCCUGAGGUCUCACAGCUAAUCAUUCUAGCUUAAGACUCCCAGCCUCCUUAUACCUCUGGUGAUCAUAAUAACACAGAUCUGAGCCGGGUGGUGGUGGCGCACAUCUUUAAUCCCAGCACUCGGGAGGCAGAGGCAGGUGGAUCUCUGUGAGUUCAAGGCCAGCCUGGUCUA